AUUAUUUAAUAUAUUAUUAUAAAAUAAUAAUAAAAUGGGAAAAACUCCUCUAAGUACCCUAGAGAAGAACCGUGCCCCAGCCUUCGCUCCCAAGAUCUUGCGAGCCUCCGUCGCCUGACGUCGCGUCGUUGAAGGCGAAUCUCCGAACGGCAAAUCUGAGAGAGGCAGGCGAAGAAAGUUCACUGCUCUGGCGAAGAAAACACAACCUCCGUCGCCGGCCGUUUUUGUGGAGAUCUUCCCAGUCGCGAUAGUUUGGCAGUAGCUGGGAGCCUUUGCUUUCCCUCGCGAUCGCUCGCAGCCUCCUUCGCCGGACGUCGCCUCCUCGUAGGCAAAUCUCCGAACGGCUUGUCGUCUCCUGGUUUCCUCCGACCCCCUGCCCAACGAGGAAAGAACCACCGUAUUGCUUUGUUGAUAUUGUGUUGUAUCUGUGUCCCGUGUUGGCAUUGGUGCUUUCUAGGUUGAAGAGAUGCAGCAUGAUGAGGUCAUUUGGCAGGUCAUCAGGCACAACCAUUGUAGUUUCAUGGCUAAAAUCACAACUGGGAAUUUUUGUCGAAACCCGUACAAUGUGACCGGUGUUUGCAAUCGUAGCUCAUGCCCCCUUGCCAAUAGUCGCUAUGCCACCAUUCGGGACCACGAUGGAAUAUUCUAUUUAUACAUGAAAACUAUAGAAAGAGCUCAUAAGCCAAAUGAUUUAUGGGAGAGAGUUAAAUUGCCAAGAAACUACGAGAAGGCGCUUGAAAUAAUUGACAAGCAUCUGAUGUAUUGGCCAAAGUUUCUGGUACAUAAAACAAAACAACGUCUCACCAAAAUGACUCAAAUGCGGAUUCGCAUGAGAAAGCUUGCUUUAAAAACAAGGGAGAAGAUAAUGACCGUACCUAGAAAGGAGAAAAAGAGAGAGUCUAGAAGAGAGGAAAAAGCUGAAAAGGCUGCUGUUCUUGAAAAAAGUAUCGAGAAUGAGUUGCUUGAACGCCUUAAGAGAGGAACUUAUGGUGACAUAUACAACUAUCCUGUUGAGGAAUAUAAUAAAGUUCUUGAUAUAGAAGGACAACAUGCUACCAAUGAAGACGAGGAGGAACCAGAAAUAGAGUAUGUUGAAGGUUAUGAUGAACUUGAAGAAGAAGAAGACAUAGAAGAUUUUGGUGGUUUUGCGAUGGAUGAGUCUCUCAUGGAUAAUGAUUAUGAUGACUUGAAGGAAGAUGAUGAGGUGGAUGCAGUUGAUCAGAAGAAAGUAAGAAAAGGAUCUGGGUCAGAUUUUGGAAAACUUGAGCAAGGUUUAGCCUCCACAAAGUUGAAAAAGAAACCACGAGUACUUGUUGAGGUUGAACAAGACGACGAAGCUGAAAGACAGCAGGCUAUCCUAUGAGAGACCUUGUGACACCUUUUCUCAGUGCAGUUACAGCAUCAUGAUGGUUGCCAUGGAGAUGAUGCUGAAAGAAAUAACAGUACUUGUGGUCUACAUCUUCAAUCCAGAUACACCAUGGCUAUCUCUAAAGUAGUUAGCAUUUAUGGAAGUCCUCAUCAUUUAACAAAAUUUUGUUCCCCAAAAGAAAUCACCCAAAAGCCAUGAGGGGAUACAGGAAGAGAAGGCAGGGGAUUGAAGCCUGUCAAGAGUUGUUAAUUACUACAGUUUAUUAUUGUUGUGUGCGGCAGUGAAUUGGAAAUGUACUCCUUUGGUAGGCAAUUUUGAAUCAGAAAAUGAGAAUGUGAUUUUGACA